AUGCUGGAAAGACAUUUUGUUGAUAUAGCUAAAUAUCGUGAAAAGAUAUUGCAUCAACAAAAUGAUGAAAUUAACAAUGAUAUUCCAUUUCAGAAGGUUUAUAGGUCUCUUUUAACAUCUACCAUUCGUCAACCUUUUAUUAGCGCUAUAUUUCACCUCGAUGGUGUUCCACUUGGAAAAUCUAACAAAUUAACUUUGUGGGUGCUUUCAUGUUCCAUAUUAGAACUUCCACCUUCUUUACGUAAUCGACAUAGCAAUAUGAUUGUACUUUCAAUGUGGGUUGGAGUUCGCCAACCAAUUAUCAAACUUUGGUUACGUGAGUGUGUUCAAAAUUUAAAAACACUUAAGUCAUCAGGUAUAUAA